GUCAAGUGGCCCCACGUGUAAUCCUGGCAAGUAAAUGAAGCACCAAGCUGGAUCGCAGGUGGCCAGUAAAGCUUCAACUGAUGUUUCUUCUCUUCACUACACUGCGUGAGGGGAUGAGAAGACAGUCUACAUUGUAGACCCCCAACCAAGACCAUCUUUACAUGUUGUGGUGGAUGGAAGAGCAAGGCGCAACGAAAGUAAUAAGCUGGUCAGUGUUUGAUUCUGCAACAAGAUACGGCAAAAGUUGAGUGAGAAUGGAUAUCGGCGGUUUGGAGACAGUGGUGGCCAACUCGGCCUAUGUGUCCGCUCGGGGAAGCAUAGAUGGCGCUGCGGCAGCAACCUUGCGAGACAAAAAGAUGCGGGCCAGGCUGAAACUCCCGCACAUCAGAGAUUGUGAAGGAAUGAAAGCAUCGGUGGGCAAGACCUUUGACAGCAUGUGCGUCAAUGAGCCGAUCGGUAAGCGGCUGUUCCAGCAAUAUCUGGAAAGUGAGGCCACCCACAAAAAUGCUGGAGAGAUGUGGAAGGACAUUGAAGACUACGUCAUAUGCCAAGAGAAGGACAGACUUCAGAAGGCUCAAAAAAUGGUCAAUAAAUACUAUAAGUCAGCGUCCAAGAACUUCUGCAGCUUCCUUGAAGAGAAGGCCGUCACCCGAGUGAAGGAGGACUUCAAAAAUGUCCACGGUGACUUAUUCAAAGAGAGUGAGAAACAGCUCCUCAAACACCUGGAGACCAAGACCAUGGCCGGCUUCAAGCAGAGCAUGUACUUCUCACGUUACGUUCAGUUCAAGUGGUUGGAGGCCCAGCCCGUUGAUGAGGAGUGGUUCAUGGACUUCAGGGUCCUUGGCAAGGGAGGUUUCGGGGAAGUGUUCGCAUGUCAGGCCAAGGCCACGGGUAAAAUGUACGCCAAUAAAAAGCUGGACAAAAAAAGGCUGAAGAAACGCAAAGGAUAUGAGGGUGCAAUUGUGGAGAAGCGGAUUCUUGCCAAAGUCCACAGUCGCUUCAUUGUGUCGCUGGCUUACGCCUUCCAGACCAAGACUGACCUCUGCCUAGUUAUGACUAUCAUGAAUGGUGGAGAUCUCAGGUUUCAUAUGUACAAUGUGGAUGAAAAAAAUCCUGGCUUCAAUGAGAAGAGAGCUUGUUUCUACACAGCGCAGAUCAUCUGCGGGCUGGAGCACCUUCACCAGCACAGGAUUAUCUACAGAGACCUGAAGCCGGAGAAUGUGCUACUAGAUGAUGCAGGACAUGUCCGCCUGUCAGAUUUGGGGUUGGCUGUUGAACUCCCACCAGGAAAAGACAAAACUUCUGGUUAUGCAGGAACUCCCGGAUUCAUGGCCCCAGAGCUACUCCAGAAAAAGGAAUAUGACUACACAGUGGAUUAUUUCACUCUAGGAGUGACCCUGUUUGAGAUGAUAGCAGCCAAAGGACCCUUCAGGAUACGAGGAGAGAAGGUGGAGAACGACGAGGUGGCCCGCAGAAUUUUGAACGAUCCAGUUCCGUACACUCCCAAUUUUAGCAAUAGCUGCAAAGCUAUUUGUGAAGGUUUGAUGGAAAAGGAUCCAGGGAAACGCCUCGGGUUCAAAAACAAUGAGUGUGCAGAGCUGAAGAGCCAAGCCUUCUUCAAGGAGAUCAAUUGGGGACGUCUCGAGGCUGGUAUGCUGCCACCGCCAUUUGUCCCUGAUCCUAAGAUGGUCUACGCCAAAGAUAUUGACGAUGUGGGCGCCUUUAGCACCAUCAAAGGUGUUGUCAUGGAUAACAAGGAUACAGAAUUUUUCAACGACUUCGCCACAGGCAAUGUUCCAAUCCCCUGGCAGGAGGAGAUGAUCGAAACGGGUGUGUUUGGAGAGUUGAACAUCUGGGCAGAGAAUGGAAAGCUACCUAAUGACCUAGACCCAAACUAUGUAGAAGCCAAAGGUGGCGGAUGUGUCAUUCUUUAAAGUAUAGGGAUAUUUUUUGUGUUUAAAAAAAAAAAAAAAAAAAGUGUCAAAAAAAUUGAAAAGAUCUUUCUACAAUGGAUGGAUUUCAUUAGAUCGAUAGAUUGACUGAGCAAGUAAUUGUAAUGGCUAUUUUUAAUGACUAUUCGAAUAUAGUGAAAAUGUAAAUAUGUAUAACAAUGUAUCAAAUUAAUUAAAAUUACAUCAGCAAAAACUUGUAUUUCUGUAUUUUAGUGUAAUAAGCUCCAUGUGUGAACUCUGUAUUAUGUAUUUAUUUUUAUGUAGUAUAUGUAAGUAUAAUAAAUAGAUAAGCGCAAAGAAUAAACACUUGCUAAGCAAAAAAUGUCUUGCU